AUUCCUGUGUAGUGAGCGAAGAAUGAACCGUAUUCAGCCACAACUCCAGUGAAUAACCUAUUUUACUCGGGACUCCAGUGAAGUGCCUUGUCAUCAUGUCUGGUGGUCCAGCAGUGAGGGUCAGCAUCGAGUCUUCCUGUGAGAAGCAGGUGCAAGAAGUGGCCCUAGAUGGGACAGAGACAUAUGUCCCCCCACUGUCCAUGUCACAGAACUUGGCAAAGUUGGCACAAAGAAUUGACUUCAGCCAGGGAUCUGACUCAGAGGAGGACGGGGUGGAAGGUGAACCCAGGGACCGUGAAUGGGGCAAGCAGGAGCCAGAAGAAGAAGAAGGCACAGUGAAGUUUCAGCCAUCACUUUGGCCCUGGGACUCGGUGCGUAACAACCUGCGCAGUGCCCUCACAGAGAUGUGUGUACUCUAUGAUGUGCUCAGCGUGGUGAAGGAGAAGAAGUACAUGGCCUUAGACCCAGUGUCUCAGGAUCCAACAGCUGGCAAGACGCCCCAGGUGUUCCAGCUGAUCAGUAAAAAGAAGUCAUUGGCCACAGCAGCGCAGCUCCUCCUGAAGGGAGCAGAGAAGCUCACUAAGUCAGUAGCAGAGAACCAGGAGAACAGGAGGCAGAGGGACUUCAACUCUGAACUGCUGCGACUCCGCUCACAGUGGAAACUACGUAAAGUGGGAGACAAGAUCCUGGGAGACCUCAGCUACCGCAGCGCAGGUUCCCUUUUUCCUCAUCACGGCACGUUUGAGGUGAUUAAGAACACAGACAUUGAUCUGGACAAAAAACUCCCAGAGGACUACUGCCCCCUCGAUGUCCAGAUCCCCAGUGAUUUAGAGGGAUCUGCUUAUAUCAAGGUGUCCAUCCAGAAGCAAGCUCCAGACAUCGGUGAUCUGGGAACUGUCAACCUGUUCAGGAGACCACCAAAAACCAAAGCUGGUACGCAGGCGUGGCAUGUGAAGCUAGAGGCGGCUCAGAACGUUUUGCUGUGUAAGGAGAUCUUCGCCCAGCUGUCCAGGGAAGCUGUCCAGAUUAAAUCCCAGAUCCCUCACAUUGUUGUGAAGAAUCAGAUCAUCUCGCAGCCCUUCCCAGGUCUGCAGCUGUCCAUCUCACUCUGCCACUCUACUGGAGAGAAGAAGAACCAUAGGGCGUCUCCAGAGAAACCCAAACCAGACGACCACCUUUACGUACUGGAACAUAAUCUGCAUCAAAUGAUGAGAGAGUUCCACAAGCAGCAGCUGAGCUCUGUGGUGAUGCCACAUCCUGCCAGCGCCCCAUUUGGCCACAAGCGCCUGCGCCUAGCGGGACCGCUGGCCUACGACAAAACUGAAAUCUCCAGCUUGCAGCAGAGUGAAGGACUGCUGGAGAAGAUCAUCAAACAGGCCAAACACAUCUUCCUACGCAGCAGGACAGCACGGACCAUCGACAGCCUGGCCAGCCGGAUCGAAGACCCCCAGAUCCAGGCUCACUGGUCGAAUAUCAACGAUGUGUAUGAGUCCAGCGUCAAGGUGCUCAUCACCUCUCAGGGCUACGAGCAGAUCUGCAAGUCCAUCCAGCUGCAGCUGAACAUCGGUGUGGAGCAGAUCAGAGUGGUGCACAGGGAUGGACGUGUCAUCACACUGUCACACCAGGAGCAGGAGCUGCAGGACUUCCUUCUCUCACAGAUGUCGCAGCAUCAGGUGCAUGCAGUUCAGCAGCUGGCCAAAGUGAUGGGCUGGCACGUCCUGAGCUUCAGUAACCAUGUAGGCCUGGGCCCGGUCGAGAGCAUUGGAAACGCCUCCGCUGUCACUGUCGCCUCUCCCAACGGAGAGUACGCCAUCUCAGUGCGUAACGGCCCAGAGAGCGGGUGUAAAGUUUUGGUCCAGUUCCCCCGCAGCCUGACCAAAGAGCUGCCGAAGAGUGAUGUCAUCCAGGACACCAAGUGGAGUCACCUCAGAGGGCCCAACAAAGAGGUCCACUGGAGCAAGAUGGAGGGAAGAAACUUUGUGUACAAGAUGGAGCUCCUCAUGGCUGCACUGACUCCCUGCCCUUAGACAAAGCCUCUGUGUGCAGACUCCUUCGAGAGGGAGCUCCCACAUCGAGUCAGCCUCAAAAUUUAAGAAAGUAGAUACACAUAGGUUUUGCAGACGUGUUACAUGCACUCUUUUUAAUGAUGAGACUUUUCCUUCCUAUACACUUAUUCAUCUCAUGGACUUGUUAAACACUGCCCUUCCACCUCCAGCAGUGUCUACUACCUGCUCUGUUUUUGAUCGCGUAAGGCAUGGAGUGUUUGUAGAGUAUACAUCAAACAAUUUGAUACAAAAUGAAAAGUCUACCAGUACGUAUCAGUGUUGUUUUGUUAUAUCAUCAUAAGAA